CACGGCUUUUCGAACCACGUCGAGACACCCAACAGAGAAGCUCCAGUGCUUGUGAUGACAGCAUAGCACAAAGGCAUAGACAAAAAACCACACGACAAUGCUCGUUCCCAGGUUGGCCGGCAGGCAAUUGCAGCGAAGCUGCUUCCGUGGCGCCACCUGUCGCGGGGCUGCUUCUGCUCGACAAUGGCAGACGCUGGCUUCGCUGUCCAUGAGCAGCCGGCGUGCCUACUCCUCAGAAUCCCCGACCCCGAGCAACGAGACCGUUGAGGUCAAUGGCCGGACCAUCCCGACUGACGACUGGUUCAACGUUCCCAAGGCCGUCCUCAACGCGGCGUCGCGCAAGCUCCACCUCCAAAAGGACCAUCCCGUGUACAUCACCCGACAGAUCAUUGAGUCGCAGUUCCCGGCGCCCACAUACCGGUACCACAACACCUUAGACCCUGUCGUCACCACGCACCAGAACUUUGACUCGCUGGGCUUCCCCGCCGACCAUCCCGGCCGCGCAAAGUCCGACACCUACUACUUGAACAAGGACACGCUCCUGAGAACGCACACCAGCGCGCACCAAGCGCAGACGUUCAAAAGGAACCUGAGCGAGGGAUACCUCAUCAGCGCCGACGUCUACAGGCGCGAUGCCAUCGACAGGAGCCACUACCCAGUCUUCCACCAGAUGGAGGGCGCCCGCAUGUGGGACAGGACCAAGGUGCCCAACGGCGACAUUGCCGCCGCUGUCUGGGAGGACUUGAAUAGGCUGCCGAAGCACAAUGUCAAAGUGGAGGAUCCCCAUCCCGCCUACGACGCGGAGCGCAACCCCCUACAGGAGGGCCACCACUCGCCCGCCGAGGCUGAGGCCAUCGGCGCUCACCUGAAGCGGUCUCUGGAGAACAUGGUCGUCGAGAUAUUCACGAGGGCCAAGGCCGCCGCUGCCAAGGCGGACCCCGACUACAAGGACGAGCCCCUGAGAGUCCGCUGGGUGGAGGCGUACUUCCCCUUCACGAGCCCCUCGUGGGAGCUCGAGGUCUACUGUGCCGGGGACUGGCUCGAGGUGCUGGGCUGCGGCGUGGUGAAGCAGGACAUCUGCGUCAACGCGGGGGUGCCGCAGCAGCUCGGCUGGGCCUUUGGCAUCGGCCUCGAGCGCAUCGCCAUGCUCCUCUUCCAGAUCCCCGACAUCCGCCUGUUCUGGUCGCAGGAUGAGAGAUUCCUGGGCCAGUUCAGGGGCGUGUCCGACCAAUUGGACUCGAUGAAGCGCUUCGCGCCCUUCUCCAAGCACCCGGCCUGCCCCAAGGACGUGUCCUUCUGGCUCCGGAGCACGUCCGCGGCCGGAGGGAAUACCAAGGCCAACACGCAGGACUUCCACGAGAACGACUUUAUGGAACUGGUGCGGGACAUCGCCGGCGAGAAGGUCGAGGACGUUCGGCUGGUGGACGAAUUCACGCACCCCAAGACGGGAAGGCGCAGCAUGUGUUAUCGCAUCAACUACCGAAGUCUGGAGCGGACCCUGACCAACAAGGAGGCCAACGAGUUACAUAGCGAGGUGACCCGUAAGUUGGUGGAAAAGCUAGGCGUCGAAAUCCGUUAAAAAAAUGACCUUUACUUGACGCUGGUAGCCGAGGGCUUAGGGGGCUGUGCUACCGAUGUUUUCUUGCAGCUCUUCAGACGUCACGUUACGGCUCCGGGUUGAGCGAGUCCUCGGGCACGGCAUGGUUAGCAGACCCGGCGUAAGCUGUGCGCCUUGCUCGGGGUGUGUUGCGGGAAAGUGCACUGCCAAGCCGGCGGACGUAACUCGACUCCGCCCUGCCG